AUGGUUGAAAUUUUUCACCAUCCGGAGGAGAAAGUUUUCAAGACAACAUUUAUCUCAAAAACAUCUCUGUUCUAUCUCAUAACAUCGUUUAUUCUUUUCGUUGGACCGGUUAUUAUUUUAUCUUACCUGAAAAACAUAUGGCCGUUCUACAAAUACAUCCCUGUGAAUAUAGGUCCAUGUAUUCCUGAAAUAAACCAUGCAUUCAUCUGGAUACCUACAGUUGAUCAGUAUAAUCAAGUUGACUUCAAAAUGUGGUCAGGAUCAGAUAAUGUACUGAACACAGUGAGAAGCAAUAUGCUUCCUGGAUCAUUCAACUAUUUCACUCAUGAAAGUUUUAUUCCUUUCCCAGCCAGAGAUGCUGGAAAGUCAGUGCCAAAAGCUAUUGAAAUUUCUGUCACUCUGAAUAACAUUGUUAACUUCAGCGUAAUGGGUGCACGUCUAUUUAUCCCAAUAACAUGCAGUCUAAAAAUUUCCUCACGGUGGAAAGAUACAUUUGCCUUAAAUUUGACUGGAUUAGUAUGGAAUGAAUAUCUUUCAAUGACGCCAAUUAAUAAUUUAUUCAUUCAAAGUGAAUUAGUUAUCAAACAAACACAAGCGUUGAGAUUGCACGGGAUAGAUCCAAUAGAAAGAGCAAAUUAUAGAAGAACACUAGUCAGUGCGAAUAUUAUACGUUAUAACACUAUAACAUAUGAACUAGACAAUAUCAUGUACGACAUAAUGGACAGGAAUUUAACUAUUCAUCUUGGAAAGGUUCGUCAUCUGGCAAGUAUGGACAAAACAAACUCUCCAGGAUCAUUUAGUAUCGAUUUAAUGAUUCAUCUUUCAGAGAAAGAGAUCUUAUUUGAAACUGCCUUUAUUAAUAAAAUAAAAUGGGUAUAUAUAUUUUAUAUUGGUAUAUGGAUAAUAUUUUUAUGGCCAAUCAGUUGGUUAAAACGUGUUGUAUUUGAAAAACGCUUAAUCUCUGAUAAUAUUAUGGAAUUUGUUAAACCUCCGCCAAAUGUUCAUUUAAACAAAAAUAUUAAUGAAUGGUAACAUUCAAGUGAUCAAUUGUCAACAUUGCAAAUUAUGUUUUCAUAAUAAACUGUAACUUGUAUGAACUGUUUUCUAAAAAUAUGUACA